AUGGACGUGGACGUGGACGUGGACGUAGACAUGGACGUGGACGUAGACGUAGACGUGGACGUGGACGUGGACAUGGACGUGGACGUGGAGGACAUGGACGUGGACGUGGACGUGGACGUGGACGUGGAGAACUUAGACGUGGACAUGGACGUGAACGUGGACGUGGACGUGGACGUGGAGGACUUGGACGUGCACAUGGACGUGGACGUGGACGUGGACGUGGACGUGGACAUGGAGGUGGACGUGGACGUGGACGUGGACAUGGAGGUGGACGUGGACGUGGACGUGGACAUGGACACGUGGACGUGGAGUGGACGUGGAGUGGACGUGGACGUGGACAUGGACGUGGACGUAGACGUGGACGUGGACGUGGAGGACUUGGACGUGGACAUGGACGUGGACGUGGAGUGGACGUGGAGUGGACGUGGACGUGGACAUGGACGUGGACGUGGACGUAGACGUGGACGUGGACGUGGACGUGGACGUGGACGUGGACGUGGAGGUGGACGUGGACGUGGAGGUGGACGUGGAGUGGACGUGGACGUGGACGUGGACGUGGAGAACUUGGACGUGGACAUGGACGUGGACGUAGACGUAGACGUGGACGUGGACGUGGACAUGGACGUGGACGUGGACGUGGACGUGGAGGACAUGGACGUGGACGUGGACGUGGACGUGGACGUGGAGAACUUAGACGUGGACAUGGACGUGGACGUGGAGGACUUGGACGUGCACAUGGACGUGGACGUGGAGUGGACGUGGACGUGGACGUGGACUGGACGUGGAGUGGACGUGGACGUGGACAUGGACGUGGACGUGGACGUAGACGUGGACGUGGACGUGGACGUUGACGUGGACGUGGACGUGGACGUGGAGGUGGACGUGGACGUGGAGGUGGACGUGGAGUGGACGUGGACGUGGACGUGGACGUGGAGAACUUGGACGUGGACAUGGACGUGA